CAACUGAGGUGGGGCGUGCUGCAUGCCACAAGGAUCAAGUUCCGAUCCCCUUCAUACUCCUCCUCGAAGUGGCUCAGCCACCAUGGCGAGCAUUUGCCUCUGGCACCCGUAGUCGUCAUGCUGGAGACGAAAGGCCUGGGCAGUAUUCUGAACUCCCUGGAGUGCGCCUUCCGCCAGCAGCCGGGCGCGCAUGUGGAGACGCUGCGCCAGGGUCAGGAGUUCCGAUGGUCAUCGUGGAGCCCUCAGCAGGUCUUGGAUGAGAACCACCGGCAGCAGAGCGAGAUGGAGAUGCAGAGGCAUCGCGAGCAAGCCGCCGAAGGGCGCCUACCCAAGCCUUCCCCCCCACCUCCAGCAGUCCCCACGCCGCUGAACGACCCCUAUGCUGCGCCAGAAGUCUACGCCGCGCGGCCGCCUCCGCCGCCGACGCCCAGUCCCCCGACACAGAACCAACCCACCCCCACCCCUGUCACCUAUGCCCCGCCUUAUCCCAAUGGGAAUACGGCUGGCGCCGCUAAGGCAACCCCGAAGUCCACACCCAGCACCCCGGCACCGGCCCCCAAAGCCAGCACCACCAGCCCCAAACCCACCACGGAAAUCCCAGCCCAGCGACCCGCACCGGCCCCCACUGCGCAGCCAGGAGACACGCCUUACAUGCCUCAAAGUCCCACACAAACUUGGUAG